CGCUGGACCAGUUUAACAACUCUGUCUGAGGGGAAGUCGGAGCAGCGCUGCGCAGAGCAGAGCAGAGCAGAGCAGGGAAGUAGACGUCUGUCGCCGGAAAACACGAUGUCUUCACCUGAUCUGUUUCUUUUUUGUGGUUUGUGCGCGGAUUGAUAUUUUAGGACAGGGAUGCAAGCUAAACACUUUCGGGUGACCACAGACAGACGAGGACGUUACCGGGUGGGCGAGGAAAGUGGUGGAUCGCAGGUUCAGCGUCACUGUUGCUUCGCGGAUCGAGGAUGCAGGACUAGCGCUGCUUGGACCGUAGAGUGGACAAAAGGUUAGCAGUGCCAUGGCUCAGUUCAACCUGCAGAACGUGGAGGACUUUUACGAGAUAGGAGAGAUACUGGGCAGUGGUCACUUUGGUCAGGUGCGGGAGCUGCGAGAGCGGGCCAGCGGCGUGUGCUGGGCAGGAAAGUUUGUGAAGCUCCGGCGGAGCGUGAGCAGCAGGCUGGGUCUGGAGAGGAAGACAGUGGAGCGUGAAGUGGAGAUCCUGCAGGCCCUGCAGCACAACAACAUUAUGGCCCUCAAAGACGUGUUCGAGAGCAGGGCCGAGGUGGUCCUCGUCGUGGAGCUUAUACGUGGUGGGGAGCUCUUUGACUUCAUCGCAGAGAAGGAGAACCUGAUGGAGAACGACGCGAUCGAGUUCCUGAAGCAGAUUCUGAAGGGGGUUGCUUUUAUGCACAGCAAACAGAUCGCCCACUUUGACCUGAAGCCAGAGAACAUCAUGCUGUCAGAUAAAAAGGCCGAGCACCCAGAGAUUAAGAUAAUUGAUUUUGGACUGGCCCAGCGUCUCACCCCAGCAGAGGAAUACAGGAGCCUGUGUGGAACUCCUCAGUACAUCGCUCCUGAGGUGAUAAAUUAUGAACCCCUGAGUACAGCAUCUGACAUGUGGAGUAUCGGUGUGAUUACCUACAUACUAUUAAGUGGUAUGUCACCUUUUCAAGGAGACUCAGAUGAGGAGACACUAAGAAACAUUGUAGAUAUGAAGUACGAAUUUGAGGACCAGUACUUUAGCCAGACGAGCGACAUGGCCAAGGACUUCAUUGAGAAGCUGCUCGUAAAAGAUCCAAGUGACAGAAUGACAGCAGAGGAGUGUUUACUGCACCCUUGGAUCAAGCCCCUGACACGUAAGCAGGCAGCUAACAGGAGCCGCUCGUCUAUCAACAUGAAAAACUUCAAGAAGUUCAAUGCCAGGAGAAAGUGGAAGAUGUCCUAUAACAUGGUGUGGGCGUGUAACAGACUGUGCCGUCUCCAGCUGCUAUGUAAGAGAGCCAAGGAGGACGAGGAGCUGAGAAGCUGUGAAAGUGACCAAGAGGACAUAGAGACCAAGCCAGCCUCCCUCAUCCGCCGCAGACUGAGCAGCAGUUCCUGAGCUUCAUCUGUAGAGGACACCCUCUGCCCACAGUUCAUUAGCGUCCAUUAUUCAGAUGGUCAUACAGUAUCCCAAAGAUUUUCAUUCUUGCAGACUGAAUCCAUCAGAAAUUCAGUUUACAAUUUAUUCACACUUUACCUUCCACUGCAUUGAUUUGUAUGGUAGCCAAAUGUGCAACUAUCAUUAUACAUUUUUAUUUUCAAAGGGAUUUUAAUCUUGUUAAAUUAGUAUGACUAAUCAACACAGAGGAACCACACAUUCUCUUUGAAACUCCAAAAGACAAAAAGCCCGAGGCCUAAAAUAAAAAGCCUAUUUCAUUUGGUAAAUCCAUGUUUGAAUUUAAGAAGAGGAGACCAUGUCAUCAAUAUCUGAGACUACAACCUUUUCAAACCUGAAAAUAUCCUUCUUAUAAUAUAAAAUAACUUGUACCUUGUACAUGGACUAGUUUUUGAAGUAAUGUUUUUUAUGUCUUGGUCAUGAAGAGUGUCUUUUAUUUGUGUUUACAUUUAUAAUUCUUCUCUUUUCGAAUGAUAUUUCAGUGGCACAUUCUUUCCGGGGGCAAACAAAACAACUAGCAUAAUGUUUGAUGCUAAGUUCUAAAGUGGCCUUAAGGUUGUCUUGGUCAUUAAACAGCAUGUGAACUGUGAGACUGUUUACCAUCUGAAGGCAUUUUAGUUCUAGGAUGAGAUUGGUAAGUUAUGUUUUGUGUGUUUUGGUGGAACCUGAGUGUCAAUACUUGUUGUUUUGGAGGACCUUGUUUGUGUAGCAUGCAAGCUAAAGCUAGCACACACAGUGCCUCAUUUGAAGUAGAGUUUGGAGUCUCAUAAUUCCUCUGAUUAUGUGAGUUAAAGUUGAAAGCUGUGUCUCAAAGGAAAUGUUUCAUUUUUAUUGUAUUAAAUAAAAUAUUUGUGGAACAAAAGGUUAUGUAA